AUGGUAAGACCUGGGGAACAUAUAACAAUCUUGACCUAUUCCCAUAUGAGAUACCAUGUGAUGCAGGCGGCCAAGACACUGGUCAACAAAGGGUAUGACCCUGAGGUGAUCGAUAUCCGCUCAUUAAAGCCCUUUGAUUUGCACACAAUUGGAAACUCCAUUAAGAAGACCCACAGAGUGCUGAUUGUCGAAGAGUGCAUGAGAACAGGUGCUAUUGGUGCUAGUCUGACAGCUGCUAUUAACGAAAACUUCAAUGAUUAUUUGGAUGCCCCGGUCGUAUGUUUAUCAUCUCAAGAUGUACCUACUCCCUAUGCUGGGACUUUGGAAGAAUGGACUGUAGUUCAACCUGCUCAAAUUGUUACUGUAGUCGAGCAGCUGUGCAGCUAG